UCUUCUUCCUUCCCCGCUCUCUCUCUCUCUCUCUCACUCGUUUCACGUUCUUCCUUCCCUUGUCUCUCUCUCUCUCUCUCUCGGCUGCUUCUUGAUUGAUCGGCAUGUCCACAUCAAGCAGCACCGUUCAUCCAUUGUCGACAUUAAUAACUCCGUCGACAUCUUCUUCAUCUUCAGCUCCGUCGACGACACCGCUGGCCGAUCCGCAAGGCGGCGGUGUUCCAAGACCGCCAGUACUGGCGGCGAUUCAAAGCCCUUGCGCGGCGUGCAAGAUCCUCCGGCGGCGUUGCGUCGACAAGUGCGUUUUGGCGCCCUACUUCCCGCCUACUGAUCCUCUCAGGUUCACCAUUGCUCACAGAGUCUUCGGCGCGAGCAACAUCAUCAAGUUUUUGCAGGAGCUGCCGGAGUCGAAGAGAGCCGACGCAGUGAGCAGCAUGGUGUACGAAGCGAAUGCGAGGAUCAGAGAUCCGGUGUACGGCUCCGCCGGCGCCAUAUGCCAUCUCCAGCAGCAAGUUAGCGAGCUUCAAGCGGAGUUGGCCAGGACACAAGCCGAACUUGCUAACAUGCAAUGGCAGCAUGCUAAUUUGCUCGCUUUUAUUUGCAGCGGCAACUCUCCAGUAUCGGAUGAUCAAGAACAAGCCUACUACGAACAGCCGGCUGGCAGUGGCUGUGAUGUUGCAGGCUUCUCCUUUGAUGAUACCAGUUUUGCCCAGGCUUGGGAACCUCUUUGGACAUGAGCCGGCUCAUGAUCUUACACAAAAUUCACAACUCUACGAAUCUUUUUAAACCUCAUGAAUUACUCGGAAGAACUGUAAUAAUUAAUUGAAGAGAUAAAUUUCAUCGAUGCUUGCUUGCAGACCUUUGCCUACCUUGUAAUCUUUAAAUUAAGAACAAGAGAAAAAGAAUCAUAUGUUCGCCAAAAUAUAUACAUAUGUAUAAUCCCAUAAGUUAGUUUGGUUGGUGUAAAAGUAUAAAUCACAAGAGUUAGUACACG